GAAAGUAUUCAAGCUUUAAUAAAAGACUUGAAACAAACUUGUUUGAAAGAUGAAGUUUUUCUUUGUUUUGAGCAGUUCUCUCUCCACACCAGCAGGGGGCGGUAAAUCACAUGAACGGUUUUUAACAUCCGCCGACAUUAAACCAGGAGGAGGAAGAAAAGAGAGCAAAGAAGAAAGGAGGAGAAGAGCUGUUAGCAGGUUGUCUUGUAGACCACCAGUACCAUGGAGGACCAGGCUGAUACAGAGACGCUGAAGAAAACAGACCCUUCAGAGCAAACCCCGUCUCCUGCAGAGGAAUUACCUAAAACUGUCUCUACUCGACCACGUCGCAGCUGUGUAGACAAGAGGCAGAGACAAGAGAGUGCAAAGAAGCGGGAGACACUUGAAAAGGGGCGUGGCUUUGGAAAGAAGAGGCGUGUUCAGAAACAGAAGAGGCGGGGCAAGGAGGAGAAGACAGGUGUGACAGUGAAGAAGAAGACGGGAGGUGGGAAGUACCGCUGGGACAAGAAACAUUACUGUUUGUUCUGCCGCCGGCCCCAGGUUAAGAUCGCUCGUCACCUGCUGAGGAAACACCUCGAUCAGCAGGACGUGCUGGCUGCCAGCUUGCUACCAGUAGGUUCUAAACAGCGCCACCUGCUGCUGGAACACCUGCGCUGCAGGGGGAACUACCUGCACAACAUUGAGGUGAUCCGUCGAGGCAACGGUGAGAUCAUACCAUGGCGUACGCCUACAGAGGAGGUCAAUGCCAGGAACUACCUGCCCUGCCCUCUCUGCCUCGGCUUCUUUCUCCGGAGUGAUCUAUGGAAACAUCAGGCGUCUUGUCGUAAGAAAUUUGCCACUGACCUCCCACAAGAUCCCUCUUUGAAGGCAGAGUUCACCUUCAAAAACCCCACUUUCUUGGCAGAACUCCUUUCUAAAGACUAUGCCUCCAUCGCAGAGAUCUCCUCUUAUCUGGAGACCUCAGACUCCGCAGGUAAAUCCUCCUGCAGUCACACACCUGCAGAUCCUUCCAAACAAACGUCAGACCAGAGCUCUGAACCUGGAACCAAGCGGACCCUGACCUCUGGCCCUGGUGUGGAUCAGAAUAACUAUGACUCAGUACUGAAACUGCCCAGGAAGAGGGCUAAAGUCCAGGCUGCAGCAUCCCGCCUGCUGCCGACGUCUGGUGGAGCGUCAGAGAGCUGCAGUGACCUCCUGCACCGGAUGAACCAGGACAAUGUGUCCUAUGAGGUGGAAUCAGAUUGGCUGAUCUGUAAAUAUGGGAAGAAGCUGGUGGGAAACCAGGGUGUUGGUCAGCAGAAGUAUGACUACCUGAGCCAGAAGCUCAGAGAGCUCGGUCGGUUGUUGCUGGUAGCCAAAUCGCUGGACUCUGGGAUCCAGACCCUGCAGGACCUUCUGGCUCCGGAUCACCUCAGCCUGGUUCUAUCUGCUGCCAAAAAGGCCAAAGGAUACGAAUGGAGCCGCCCCCCMCUGUCUGUGAAGACCACUCUCAAGACAGUCUGUGAGAUUGCUAUUGAAGAGAGUUUGCAAGAUGAAGACUGGGAGGCUGCCGCCAGGACCACUGCAUUCUACCACAUACUGGGGAAGGACUGGGACCACCUGGGCCUGCAGCUCUCUGAUCCAGACCUGACUGCUUCAAAUGAAGAAACCGAAGCAAAGAAACAGGAAGUCCAGUCCACAAGUCCGAAGGAACAAAGACCUGAUGAUCUGUCUGAGAGCAGCAGCACACCAGACUUACCCUUGACUUCUCCACAGUCCAGACCACAGACUCCAGUCCCAGUUCCUGCUCCUCCCAGGAAGGGUCGCUGUCAGCCCUGGUCCUCUGCAGAGAAAGAAGCCAUCUGGAGGCAGCUUGGAGACCACGUCCUGGUCCAGUCGGUACCGGGGAAGGAAGUCUGUCAGCGUUGUCUGGACCUAGAGCCAGCCCUCAAAGGGAGACACUGGAAGGAUGUGAAGAACCAGGUCUACAACCAGAUCCAGAGCCAGAAGAAGCAGCAGUUCCAUGCCCAGGUGGAGCUGGAGGAGAACCCACAACAACAAACUCAGAACCAGAACCAGGAGAAGCAGCAGCAGCUUCUGCCACAUGAACCCCAAAUGAAUCAACAGAGCCAAGAACCCUCUGAGYACCAGAAGAAACAAGUGUACCAGACCCAGAUGGAUCUGCACAAUCAGGACGACGCUCAGGACCAGAAGAGACCACCGUGUCAGGUCCAGAUGAACCACCAGAUCCAGGACCAGUCCACACCGAGUGUCUCAGCCUACAGACCCGUCGGACCGCUCCGAGCUCCAGAUCACUCCCUGCUGGACUGGGAACCUAUUGUUGUACCGUACCCUGUUCUGGAUAGACCCCCAGGACCUGACAUGGACCCACUCCUGACCAGAACGGACUGGACUAAUGAAGCGUUGCCACAGAGCUACCCUAUCAGAGCACUGGUCCAGAACCACCUACAGGAAGUGACACCAGGAGGUCCAGUGCCCGGUCCACACCCAGAACACAUCCACUUCUGAUGGACCAGAGUCCAGCUGGGCCUGGCAGGCCUGAGUUCUCCUGACUCAGAGACCAGCAACAAACAGAACCCGUUGUCUGCAGGGAGAUGUUCAGAUGAUUGUGAGGGUUGAUCCGGUCCGUUGUAACAACUGUACAGCUUUUAGAAAACACAUUUCCUCUGAUGGUGUUCUACAGGCUGUAAUAAUUCCACACACAUCACAAACGUCCCUCAGCACAACUCUGCCUGUUUGGACCUCUCUUCUUCUUGGCAGAACCGAAUGAGCACUUAGUUGUUAAGAUCUGAUAAAUAUGAAUAAAUCAAGAACCCUAAAUAAUAUGUCACCCAUCACAUCGAAAACAGGAUCAAGUCAAAUUAGGUCAAAAUGACCUCGUCAUAUUUUCUGAUUCU